AUGCCUGUGAGCAGUAGCUUAAUUACGAGUCAACUGCAGUUUUGCAAGGAGCAUCAGGAAGUCAGAAGUACCACUCUUGCUUCAGAGGGAUACGCAGAGGAAUCACCGACGUGGAAAAUCGGUGACGAUAUCUGGAAGGGCAUUGAACCCUUCAAAUUUGAUAGUGUAACAACCUGCCUCAGCAAGCCAUGGGACACUGAAAGUGGAUUUCAUCAUGAUUUGCUUCAGUUCAACGACCCAUUUCAUGUUGUUCAAGAGCAACAUGAUCAAACCUGUGGUGAUAUGGUUCACUUCAACCAACCGGAAAAGAUCGAAAUGAAAUCACUCCCACUGUUGGCCAGCUCAUCGGAAAAGGUGGUGAAUCACAGUCCAGAGCACACUCAAUACAAUGGUCAAACACCUGGCUCAAACAGAUUCAUAGAGCAAUUUACUUCGGCCCCUGCAGCUACCAAUGAAUAUCAGAAUUGUGAACUAACUUCUUGUGAUGGUCAAGAUAAUGAACUUUUGAAGGCGGAUAAAGAAUCCCACAAUAUAAUGGAUCAGUUGAAAGUGUACAACUCAAAGGUUAGCCCGAAAAAGAACAAAUUGUAUGAUGGCAUUUUCCAAAACCACAGGAAAUUCCGGAUGAAAGAUAUCCAACCUGGUUUUCUGCACAUCUUCAUUCAAAGAUUUUCGAUACAAUUUGGAAACCUAGAGGAAGAAAUGAAAAAGUGCAGAUUUAUAAAAGAUAUUCCUUUUGGCAAGCUGCCGAUUGUUGCCAGCUCACGGUUUAUCCGUCCGAUCGAGCAAUCAACUCACAAGUACAUUCAAAAUAAAGAUUUGACCAAGCGGAUAAAGAGAUUAGUUUCCUGGCUAAUUUAUAUAAACACCGCUACUCUCAGAAAAUUUCUCCCGAAAUUCAAUCGAGAGAAUGAAAUGGAAUCGCAUAACAAAUUAAUUGAUUGGCUGAUCCAAGAGACUUUUGAUCCUGAAUCCGGUGUUCCUGUUAUGGGAAUGAUAAAGGCAGAUAAUUUUGUCCAAGACGAACUCAUCCGAACAUAG